GGUUCCUGCAAGCCGAGCUGAACUUGUUGUGAUGGAGCACGUCUACCAUCCAUGUUCUCGGAUAUCCUUAUCUCCUCAGCUACCACCUACAAUCGCCUCCGAGCACAUUUCCCAUUCCAGGAUGUGCCCCGACGCAUAUCACAUCUCCAGCGCGUCGGACUCUAGCCUCUGCCAUCCUCCUGCACCCAUCUCCCAACAUCAUUGGCCGUCAGUAGCGGGGUAUUUCCGCCCGAAUGCUACCACAGCAAAGUCCAUAGCUUCACUCAAAGAUCAACCCCUUCGCUAAGCUUUUCCCGUCGACCCCUGCCGACCUAAAUGUUGCCUCGUGUCAUCCUGACAUUUGGGUACAUCGAGUCACAAGGUCGUUCGCCCGUGUCCUAUCAUCAUGGUUGGCACGACCAUGAGGCCGUGAUUUUGUUCGUCUUGUGUGUUUUCUUUUCUGGCUAGGGAUCGUCGGUAUGUGGAAUGCUGGGGAGUCUUCGGUCAUCACUCCCCGUCAGAGGGGGGUUGCAUGACCUCUGGCCUUGCCAAUAUAUCAGUCACGAUGCCGUAUUGGAAUUAUAUCCGUACAAAGGAAGUGCUUAGCACUCUGGAACAACUUGAAAGGAUUCCGAAGCGCUCUAGGGGACAUCGCUUGCCUUGCUUCACCCCAGACUAUCAAAAACUCGUCGCUAUCGCCUCUGGCGCACUGCAGAGAUCACACACGAUGAGCUCUAUUACCAGAAUUACAUGGGCUCUGCUCGGCCUCGUGGUGCUUCUUCAGCCAGUACUUGGAGUCCCUAUGGCAGAUAUUCUCCCCCGAGCCGAUGCUACUACCUGCAACGGGCGAUCAGAAUACUGCUGGCGGUCAUAUUCAAAUGUCACCUUUGUGGGCUCUCACGACUCUCCGUUCGUGGGAGAUCUCCCCCAGCAGAAUCAAAACAUCGACAUAACGGCACAGCUAAAUAUGGGCAUUCGAUUCUUACAAGCGCAAACACAUCAUUCGCUGCUGAACGACAAAGUCUUGGAGCUAUGCCACACCUCCUGUUUACUAGAAGAUGCGGGGACUCUGAAGUCUUUCCUCGGUACUGUGAAGACAUUUCUAGAUGCCAACGUGAACGAGGUUGUGACACUCCUGCUCACAAACGGCGAUUCUGUUGAUAUUACCAAGUUCGGGAGCACAUUCUCGAGCAGCGGAAUCGAUAGUUAUGCGUUUGUUCCAUCGUCAAAUCCAUUGCCAAUUGGCGACUGGCCAACCAUCGGUGAACUGAUCUCGAGUGGGAAAAGACUUGUUGUUUUCCUAGACUACGGUGCCGACACGAGCAAAGUAGACUACAUUCUCGACGAAUUCGCCUACUAUUUCGAAACCGCCUACGAUGUCACCGACUCGAGCUUCUCCAGCUGCAGUAUCGACAGACCCUCUGGGGCCUCUGCCUCCGGCCGCAUGUACAUUGUCAAUCACUUCCUCGAUGUGGAUAUUUUAGGAGUGAAGGUCCCAGACCGUGGCACGGCAAGUACAACAAAUGCGGCGACUGGAAAGGGCAGUAUCGGCGCCCAGGCUGCAGAGUGCGAUGCCCUCUAUAAUAGGGCACCGAAUGCCGUGUUGUUGGAUUUUGUGGAUAAAGGAAAUGUUAUCGAGGCUCAGAAUGAUUUGAAUGGGUUCUAAAUGAAUGGUCAUGAAACAAUGUCUAUGUCGUAUCAAGUUCAAAUUUCG